AUGUGUGUCUGCUGGGACUUCAGCCAGGCCCAGCUCCUGGACAGUAUCCUAGGGCUAGGGGCACUAGGAGUGACAAUCCGAACAGUCUUCUCGACAGCUGGCCUAGCCCUGCUGCUCCUGCUGCUGGUCAGCUUCCUUGCUUUUGACCUGCUCCAUGGGCCCACUGGUCCCACCCUGCCACGACACAGACUUCCCCCAAUGGGUCAGAGCCAGGGGGCUGGUGAAGGUCCAGGACAGCAGGCAGCUCCCCUCUUCCCAGCAGGGCUAGUCUCGGGACUGGUCAGCCUCCAGGAUGCACUGUUCCUGCUGUUUCUGGGCCUGGGCCUGUUCUUGGGAGGCUCUGGUAUACCUUUAACCCUGCUGGGCAUAGCUUUCUGUCUCCAUCCUCCGGCCUGAGAGGCCUCCUAAAACUGAAUGCCUUCUAAAAAAUACAUCAGCCAUUCUGCUUCCUCACAUUUCAACUCCUUCAUCCCGAGCUACAUGAGGGUAAAUACUCCAUUGUAUU